AUGGAAACGAGUACAUCAUCAGGAACAACUCUGACAUUGGCUGCAACUCUAGACGAUGGUUUGACACCACCAACAAUCUCUAAAACAUCAGAAUUGGAAGAAAUAUCAACUCUAUCUUCAGCUUCAAGCACAAUGUUGGUUCCCACGUCCAUCAAGUCCACCGAGUCUAUUCCAGAAGUAACUGACACAUCACUAUCCAUAAAAACAGAACUUAGUACACCAACAAAAACAACACUAAUUUCGGCUGCAACUACUGACGAUGGAUUAACACCUCCAAUGCCCUCAACCACUUCAGAACUGGAAAUGAUAUCAACUCAAACUUCUUCUUCCGGUACUUUAUUAUAUACUGUGUCCAUCAAAUCCACUGUGCCUACUGUAAGCACAGAACUAACAAGGGCAACAGGUGCACCAUUAUCCAUAACAACGGAACUUAGUACACCAUCAGGAACAACUCUGCAACUGGCUGGGUUGACACCACCAACAAUCUAUAAAACAUCAGAAUUGGAAGAAAUAUCAACUCUAUCUUCAGCUUCAACCACAAUGUUGGUUCCCACGUCCAUCAAGUCCACCGAAUCCAUUCCAGAAGUAACUGACACAUCAAUAUCCAUAAAAACAGAACUUAGUACACCAACAGAAACAACACUAAUUUCGACUGCAACUACUGACGAUGGAUUAACAACUCCAAUGCCCUCAACCACUUCAGAACUAGAAAAGAUUUCAACUCUAUCUUCAUCUUCAAGAAUUAUGUUGGUUCCCACGUCCCUCAAAUCCACCGAAUCCAUUCCAGAAGAAACUGACACAUCACUAUCCAUAAAAAUAGAACUUAGUACACUAACAGAAACAAAACUAAUUUCGGCUGCAACUACUGACGACGGAUUAACACUUUCAAUGCUUUCAACCACUUCAGAACUGGAAAUGAUAUCAACUCAAACUUCUUCUUCCGGUAUUUUAAUAUUUACUGUGUCCAUCAAAUCCACUGAGCCCACUGUAAGCACAGAACCAACAAGGGCAACAGGUGCACCAUUAUACAUAACAACUGAACUUAGUACACAAUCAGGAAAAACUCUGACAUCGGCUGCAACUGUAGACGAUGGCUUGACGCCACCAAGAAUCUCUAAAACAUCAGAAUUGGAAGAAAUAUCAACUCUAUCUUCAGCUUCAAGCACAAUGUUGGUUCCCACGUCCAUCAAGUCCACCGAAUCCAUUCCAGAAGUAACUGACACAUCACUAUCCAUAAAAACAGAACUUUGGACAUCAACAGAAACAACAUUAAUUUCGGCUCCUACUUCUGACGAUGGAUUAACAUCUCCAUUGCUCUCAACCAAUUCAGAACUAGAAAAGAUUUCAACUCUAUCUUCAUCUUCAGAUACUAUGUUACUUACCACGUCGAUCAAAUCCACUGUGUCCUCUCUAAGCACAGAUUUAACAAGACCAACAAUUGUACCAUUAUCCAUAACAGUGGAAUUUAGUACACCAUCAGGAACAACUCUGACAUUGGCUGCAACUCUAGACGAUAGUGUGACACCACCAACAGUCUCUAAAACAUCAGAAUUGGAAGAAAUAUCAACUCUAUCUUCAGCUUCAAGCACAACGUUUGUUCCCACGUCCAUCAAGUCCACUGAAUCCAUUCCAGAAGUCACUGACACAUCACUAUCCAUAAAAACAGAACUUAGUACACCAACAGAAACAACAUUAAUUUCGGCUCCUACUUCUGACGAUGGAUUAACAUCUCCAUUGCUCUCAACCACUUCAGAAAUAAAAAAAAUUUCAAUUCUAUCUUCAUUUUCAGACACUAUGUUAUUUACCACGUCGAUCAAAUCCACUGUGUCCUCUCUAAGCACAGAUUUAACAAGACCAACAAUUGUACCAUUAUCCAUAACAGUGGAAUUUAGUACACCAUCAGGAACAACUCUGACAUUGGCUGCAACUCUAGACGAUAGUGUGACACCACCAACAGUCUCUAAAACAUCAGAAUUGGAAGAAAUAUCAACUCUAUCUUCAGCUUCAAGCACAACGUUUGUUCCCACGUCCAUCAAGUCCACUGAAUCCAUUCCAGAAGUCACUGACACAUCACUAUCCAUAAAAACAGAACUUAGUACACCAACAGAAACAACAUUAAUUUCGGCUCCUACUUCUGACGAUGGAUUAACAUCUCCAUUGCUCUCAACCACUUCAGAAAUAAAAAAAAUUUCAACUCUAUCUUCAUUUUCAGACACUAUGUUAUUUACCACGUCGAUCAAAUCCACUGUGUCCUCUCUAAGCACAGAUUUAACAAGACCAACAAUUGUACCAUUAUCCAUAACAGUGGAAUUUAGUACACCAUCAGGAACAACUCUGACACUGGCUGCAACUCUAGACGAUAGUUUGACACCACCAACAGUCUCUAAAACAUCAGAAUUGGAAGAAAUAUCAACUCUAUCUUCAGCUUCAAGCACAAUGUUGGUUCCCACGUCUAUCAUGUCCACCGAGUCCAUUCCAGAAGUAACUGACACGUUAUUAUCCAUAAAAACAGAACUUAGUCGACUAACAGAAACAACACUAAUUUCGGCUGCAACUACUGACGACGGAUUAACACCUCCAAUGCUUUCAACCACUUCAGAACUGGAAAUGAUAUUAACUCAAACUUCUUCUUCUGGUACUUUAUUACUUACUGUGUCCAUCAAAUCUAUUGUGCCCACUGUAAGCACAGAAUUAACAAGGGCAACAGGUGCACCAUUAUCCAUAACAACGGAACUUAGUACACCAUCAGGAACAACUCUGCAACUGGCUGGUUUGACACCACCAACAAUCUAUAAAACAUCAGAAUUGGAAGAAAUAUCAACUCUAUCUUCAGCUUCAACCACAAUGUUGGUUCCCACGUCCAUCAAGUCCACCGAAUCCAUUCCAGAAGUAACUGACAUAUCAAUAUCCAUAAAAACAGAACUUAGUACACCAACAGAAACAACACUAAUUUCGACUGCAACUACUGACGAUGGAUUAACAACUCCAAUGCCCUCAUCCACUUCAGAGACCCCACUUUCACCUUCAAGCAUUAUGUUGGUCCCCACGUCCUUCAGAUCAACUAGACGAAGAAUUAACAACUCCAUCAAUCUCUAUAACUUCACAACUGGAAGAAAUUUCGACUCCAUCUUCAACUUCAAGCAUUAUGUUGGUUCCUACGUCCAUCGGAUCAACUAG